GGGGAACAAAGAGGCUAGGAGGGCAGAGCGGGGUGUGAGGUUAGUGCGGCUGGGGAGCGGGUCGGUGGUACUGUGGGAGGUUCUGCCGGAGGAAACAGAGUGAGGUGCUUGGUUCUAUGGGAGAGGACUGAAUAAAAUCUGCGAAAAUGUCAAAGCGACCAUCAUAUGCUCCACCUCCAGCCCCGGCCCCCACUACACAAAUGCCCAGCACACCAGGGUUUGUGGGAUACAAUCCAUACAGCCAUCUUGCCUACAACAACUACAGGCUGGGAGGGAACGCAGGCAGCAACAGCAGGGUAACGGCUUCAUCAGGCAUUACAAUACCAAAGCCACCUAAGCCUCCAGAUAAGCCACUGAUGCCCUAUAUGAGAUACAGCAGGAAGGUCUGGGACCAAGUGAAGGCUUCCAACCCUGACCUUAAGUUGUGGGAGAUUGGCAAGAUCAUUGGUGGGAUGUGGCGAGACCUAACCGAUGAGGAGAAGCAAGAGUACUUGAACGAAUAUGAAGCCGAAAAGAUUGAGUACAACGAAUCAAUGAAGACUUACCACAACUCUCCUGCUUAUCUUGCCUACAUCAAUGCCAAAAGCCGGGCUGAAGCUGCCCUCGAGGAGGAAAGCCGCCAGAGGCAGUCGCGCAUGGACAAGGGGGAGCCGUACAUGAGCAUCCAGCCGGCCGAGGAUCCGGACGAUUAUGACGAUGGUUUCUCCAUGAAGCACAGCGCCGCUGCCCGUUUCCAGAGGAACCACCGGCUCAUCAGUGAAAUUCUCAGCGAGAGCGUGGUGCCCGACGUCCGCUCCGUGGUCACGACCGCUCGAAUGCAGGUUCUGAAAAGACAAGUUCAGUCUCUCAUGGUGCACCAGCGGAAGUUGGAGGCAGAAUUGUUACAGAUAGAGGAUCGCCACCAGGAUAAGAAGAGGAAAUUCUUAGAAAGCACGGAGUCCUUUAACAAUGAGCUGAAGCGGCUGUGUACUUUAAAGGUGGAGGUGGAUAUGGAUAAGAUUGCGGCAGAGAUAGCCCAGGCAGAAGAGCAGGCAAGGAAGCGCCAGGAGGAGCGGGAAAAGGAGGCCGCAGAACAAGCAGAGCGCAGUCAGAACGCAGCAGCCGUGGCGGCAGCAGCAGCGGCGGCGGCAGCAGCUGUGGCAGCUGUGGCGGCUGCUGAGGAAGAGCAAGAGCAAGAGGUGGCAAAACCAGAAGAAAAGAGUGAAGAGGAGGAGGCCCCUAUGGAGACAGAAGACACCCCAUCCCUGCCCCCAGCAGAGGAAACCAGCGAGAGCCAACAAAAUGGCGAAGAGGGGACCUCCACCCCCGACGACAAGGAGAGCGGGCAGGAGGCGGUGGACAGCACCCUAGAUGAAGGUACAAGCGACAGCAACACUGGGUCGGAGAGCAACAGCGGCACCGUGGAGGAACCCACCACAGACUCUGUAGCGGAAGAGACCGACCGCAAGAACUGAACACUCCCCAUUCACCUACAUCUGUUUUGUUGUGUUGUAAUCUGUGUCUGCAUGGGGGGCAGUGGGGAAACGCUUUCCUAAAUGUAUUCGGCUAGCGUUGGGGGGGGACACACACGGGCUUAACCUGGGCCCCUCGGCUUUUAUUCACUCCCCACGGCAAAAUUAGGAGUCCCAGAGAGAGGUUUCCUUCAGCCCUAUGGGGGGUGGGGCAUAUGGUAUUACCCAGUCAAGCAGUUGCCAGCGCUGCAGAUCAACUUGGGAGCUGGAUAGGUCGGAGAAAUAGAAAAUUAACUUUUUUUUUUAAUACUUUUACAUUUUGUAGCAAAUGAAUUCCAAAUAAAUGAUUCCAUCAAACAUC